GCCCCUCGUUUGCAAGGCCUAGAGAAAUACACACACUGUGUGUAUAUAUAUGUGUGUGUGUUUUUAAAAAUAUUUUUUUGGGUUCUCCUUUUUCUCCCAUCUCUGCACUUUAUUCUCUUCAAAAUUCGAUACUUAGCUCUGUACUCACAACGAGGUUUUUGAGGAGAGAAACCAUACAAUACAACCUCCCAUUCUCUCACCCCUUCAACCAACAAACUUCCAUCUCUCUCUCUCUCUCUCUCUCUCUCUCUCUCUCUCUCUCAUAUGUAUAUAUAUAUAUAAAUAUUUGUACUGCAUUGUCCUCUCUCUACAUUCACAACCUCUCACUAUCUCACUGCACUCCUCACUUUCUUGAUUUCCCUUCCCUUCUUUUUCUCGCUCUGUGAUUCUUCAAACAACCAAAAACACAACCAACUUCUUUCUUCACACAAAUUCUUGAAAUUCGAUUUCCAAAUCAACAUGCCAAAAAACUGGGUUCUUCAUCACCUAGAAAAACACGAGUGCCCGAUUUCCGCUGCUGAAUUAUUUUUCUCUGUUUUUCAUCUUAUUGUUUUUGGAUGAAUUCGUUGAAUAAACAGGAAGAGAAAAAAUUCCAUCUUUUUUAGUCCCUUUUAUUCAGAGAGUGGAGAAAGUGUUCAAUCAUAUAUGAAUCGGUGAAACAAUGAGAGAUGGGAACUCGAAGAAAAGCAAGUUUUCAUGGCCGAAGACAUUAGUGAAGAAAUGGCUCAACAUCAAAGGCAAAACUGAGGAUUUUCACGCCGAUGACAUCAUUUCUGGAGGUGUUGAUGAAGAAUGGAGGAACAAUUUCAGAGAGAGGGAGGAGGCAUGCACUAUCAAGAAAAGCAAAACAGAGAGAUCAGCUAGACGAACCUCAGAUCGUCUCCGGAGAAGUAAGAUUGAUCUUGAGGCCUCCCAGCUCACAGAUGUGAAUAACUAUAGAAUCUUUGUGGCAACAUGGAAUGUGGCUGGGAAAUCUCCCCCUACUUAUCUAAAUCUUGAGGAAUGGCUGCACACCUCACCUCCAGCUGAUGUUUAUGUCCUAGGGUUUCAAGAAAUUGUUCCUCUAAACGCUGGCAACGUUUUGGGCACAGAGGAUAAUGGCCCUGCUAGGAAAUGGCUGGCGCUUAUUCGAGAAACAUUAAAUAGUCUACCGGGAAGUAGUGGCAAUUGUCGCACUCCUUCACCAGUCCCUGACCCUAUAGUCGAGUUAGAGGAUGAUUUUGAAGGGUCCAAUAGGGAGAAGGCUUCCUCUUUCUUCCAUCGUCGUUCUUUCCAGUCAUUGAGCCGUAGCAUGAGAGUGAUGGAGGAUGAUAGCUCAAUGUCCCAACCAAGACUUGAUCGUAGAUACAGUGUCUGUGAUCGGGCUAUCUAUGGGCAUAGUAGACCGAGUGAUUAUAGUUAUGAUCCGAAUGGGAGGGGGGAUUGCUCCUCGGAUGAUGAUAACGGGUUGAGUGAGUCACAUUGCACUUAUUCCUCACCCAUUCCAUACAAUGGUUCUGCUUCUAUGGAGGAUAGAGAUAGGCAUCCUGUUCAGUCGAGGUAUUGCUUGGUUGCAAGCAAGCAAAUGGUGGGGAUUUUUCUCACCGUUUGGAUUAAGAGAGAUCUUAGAGACGCUGUGCGGAAUCUGAAGGUUUCGUGUGUAGGUAGAGGCUUGAUGGGCUAUCUUGGAAACAAGGGUUCGAUAUCUAUUAGCAUGUCUUUGCACCAAACGAGCUUCUGCUUCGUUUGUAGCCAUUUGACCUCCGGAGAGAAGGAUGGUGACGAGCUGAGGAGGAACUCUGAUGUCAUGGAGAUUUUGAGGAAAACACGGUUUCCACGAGUUCAUGGUGUAGGUGAUGAGAACUCUCCUCAAACAAUUCUUGAGCAUGAUCGAAUCAUAUGGCUUGGGGACUUAAAUUACAGAAUUGCCCUUUCUUACCGUUGUGCAAAAACACUUGUUGAGAUGAGAAACUGGAGAGUUUUGUUAGAAAAUGAUCAGCUUCGUAUAGAGCAGCGACAUGGGAGAGUCUUUUCUGGAUGGAACGAGGGGAGGAUAUAUUUCCCUCCUACAUACAAAUAUUCAGAUAACUCUGACCGAUACGCUGGUGAGAAUAUGCACCCGAAAGAGAAACGAAGAACACCAGCAUGGUGUGAUCGUAUACUAUGGCACGGUCGUGGCAUCCAACAACUAUCAUAUGUUCGUGGGGAGUCUAGGUUCUCGGAUCACAGGCCUGUGUACAGUAUAUUUCUGGCAGAAGUCGAGUCCAUCAACCGCAACCGCAUCAAGAAAAACAUGGCCUAUUCAAGCUCAAGAGUUGAGGUUGAAGAAAUGCUGCCAUAUGCACAUGGAUAUCUUCAACCAAAUUUCUUCUAAAUGAAUUCACAUUUAGCUUCUUCUCAUGUGGUAGACCAUGAGAUUAGCCGCUGCCUCUCAACAAAAGGUUUUUGACUCUUGCAUGGAGUUCUAUAGUUCAAUGGCUGAUUUAUUAGGAGAGUCAUUCUUUGAUAAUUUGAGAUGAAAUGGUGGGAGACGAAGAUGAUGAUUCUCGACUCAUUGCUAAACCUAUGGUGCAUCCAUAACUUGGCUUCAAAGUGUAAACUCUCCCACUUGAAACUCUUCUCUCAUUAAUGAUUUUCUGCAACGAAAGUGGCAUCAAACAUCAAGAAAUGCAGAGAUUAGGUGAAAAAUCUCAGUCUUGCUCGUUGCAAUCGUAACUUAUGGGUUCAAUAUCAUACACAGUAUGCAAUGAAAACCAAGCUCAUUAGAUGUAGAAACUCAGAUAAUUGAAGGAGGAUUUGUAUACAUUAGAAAAUCAUGGCCUACUGUAGAUGGCUAUUUCAACUGUAAAUGGGUAUUGUAUUCAAAAACAUUUUUUUCUCCCAGAGCUAUUCUUUAAUUUAUCAAUGGUGUAUUUAUUGUUUCA